CCCAAGCAAAAUGGCGAAUGUAGAAGUGUUUACUAUGUGGAAACGUGACAUGUAACUGUGAAUGCAGCUGACACUACGAGCCCCUAGCUACUGGCUAUGAGCCAGAAAAGAUUUUUAAGACAUUAGAAAAUAUGUCCGAAGAAAGAGACAUUUUGAGUCUCACAGAUGACGAAGAUGAAUUCGAAGAAGAAGCCCAUGUCCCGGAUAAACACGGCACGCUAAGCAAAUGGACAAACUAUUUACAUGGUUGGCAAGAUAGAUAUAUUGUGCUCAAAGAUGGGACACUGAGUUACUACAAGUCAGAAACAGAAACAACAUUUGGAUGCCGGGGAGCUGUAAGCUUAGCGAAGGCCUGUGUAAUUCCCCAUCAGUUUGACGAGUGUCGGUUUGACGUGAGCGUCAAUGACAGUCUGUGGUACCUGCGGGCAACCCACGAAGAUGAGCGCCAACAGUGGGUGGACGCUAUCGAGCUGCACAGGCAAACCGAGUCAGGUUAUGGAAGCGAGAACAAUCUGCGUCGCCAUGGCUCCAUGUUAUCUCUCACCUCCGGCACCAGCCUUUCCACGGCAUCAGCGUCAUCAUUCAAGCGAGGUCGGGGGUUGCGGGAAAAGCUGAUGGAGAUGGAGACAUUUCGGGAUAUCCUGUGUCGGCAGGUGGAUACGCUCCAGAGCUACUUCGACAGCUGUGCCUCUGCUGUGUCACAUGGGGUGGUUCAGGAACUGGCUGAGCCUGAUGACAUCGAUGCUGAUGUAGACAUUGACAAGCCGGCCACACCUACAGAGGAGCCUCACCACACAUUUGAGGGCUUCAAGGGUAGGGACCUUGCCUCUGUCCUACAACAACAUGGUGGCCAUGCUGUGGACUUUAAGGGAGAGGCCUUCACCUUCAAGGCUACAACGGCUGGCAUCGUGGCCACACUCUCCCACUGUAUCGACCUGAUGCAGCAGAGAGAAGAGGCCUGGAAGAAGCGUCUGGAGAGGGAAGUGGAGAAGAAGAAGAAAAUCGAGGAAGCAUACAAGUCAUCAGAAAAAGUCAAACCUAUUGUUGUUGGCGGACCAGACUAUGAGGAAGGACCGCACUGUAUGAUUACUGAGGAUGAGUUCUACGAUGCUGUGGAUGCUACCUUAGAUAAACUAGAGAAGGAAGAAGAAAAGAAAUCUUCAAGCCAGGCACCCAUGAAAGCACCACCCAAGAUAUCACUUCUACCCAGCAACAAAUACUAUGAGGAGAUCAACCGUGUGGUAAAUGAGCACAUGUACCGGCUGUACGAGAGGACAUCGGAUGGGGCGGACACGUGGACCUGCAUUGCGGAGGAUGGAGAGCUGCGUGUCUACAAGCGAGAGAUGGAGAUUGAAGGAGUUGUGGUGGAUCCUCUCAAGGCCGUCACGACUGUCUCGGGCAUUACUGGACAUGAGUUGUGCCACCACUUCUGGGACAUCGAUGUCAGGAUGGAGUGGGAGGCCACCCUGGAGCAUUGCAGGACGGUGGAGUGGUUGUCCGAGGACACCCUCAUCUGCAACAAUGUCAUCAAGCGAGUGUGGCCAGCGUCACAGCGAGACGCCCUCUUCUGGUCCCACAUACGCAACAUUCAAGGCGAGAACGAAGAUAGUCCGGAUAGUUGGAUAGUCGUCAACUACUCCUGUGACCACCCCAACUGUGGGGGUGGCAAGUAUGUCCGGAUCCAGAUGAAUGUGGCAAUGAUCUGUCAGACAAUUGUAGAGCCACCCGCUGAGGGAAGCAUCAGUCGGGACAACGUCAAGUGUAAGAUCACCUACACCGCUGAUGUGAACCCUGGAGGCUGGGCACCGGCAUCAGUAUUGAGAGCUGUUUACAAACGCGAGUACCCUAAGUUCAUCAAGCGUUUCACCUCGUAUGUGAAGACAAAGACGGCCGACAAGCCGAUCAUGUUCUAGAUCUACUCACACAUACUGGAAACAUUGUCCACUGACCACGCCCGACGGAUGGGAUGUAGUCAGCUGGUCAUAACAAGUGUCCACUUUUGGAACCUGUGGGAUGGGUUCCGUGGACCGCAGGUCAAGAGGCGUGUCUCGGUCUCUCUCCUUGUACAGUUUUAUUUUGCAGGUGUCAGUCUCCAGCUCUCCUACAGGGAAUAGACACAUGGGAAGAAUGGGAAGGAGUUCUGUUUAUUAACAUUUCACAACCAUGUCAAAGAUUCCUGCUGAUGCACAGCUUGUCAGUUCAGCUAAGAACUCAUCGUCACUCUCAAAUGAAUCAAAUUCCCACAUGGGUGCACCAUAUGGUGUUCGUGUCAUGAUUAAAGUGUUGCGUUGCUAAAGCUUGUAUGAAGGCCGGGUUGCUGUGACUUGCAGCUGCUGUGCCCCCUGAUGCUGCUGAAUCAGUAGACUAUUCUCUCCACCUGCACAGAGACGUAGGGUUUAGAAAAGCCUUGUUGGAUUGUAUUACUUGGUUUACAGUUUACUUGUCAUGCCACAGGCCCAGGUUUGAUUCCCACAUGGGUAAAAUGUUUAAAGCCCAUUUCUGGUGACCCUGCUGUGACAUUGCUGGUAUGUUGCUAAAAGCGCCGUAAAACAAUACUCAUUCACAGACUUGGUUUUCAAUUCCAAAAUGUUUUUAAAACGGUGAAUGGAAUGGAAUUUUAAGAAGACUUAUAUUUCCACCAUCGUGACUGUAAAAACAUUUCAGCACAUGAGACAAAAUCAAAUGAAGUCAAUAAUAAGGGAAGUAGCUAUUUCACUUGUUGUUUAAGGUAACAUUACACUUCUUCAAGUCUUUGAAGAGCAUUUAGAAGUGAUACACAUAAGGAAGAGAAUUAAUGGAUGUCAACUUCUUUAUUAUGAGGAACACAACGUUUCGGAGUAUAUGCUUACUCCUUCAUCUGGUGAAUCGGAUGAAGGAGUAAGCAUAUACUCCGAAAUGUUGUGUUCCUCAUAAUAAAGAAUUUGACAUCGAUAAAUUCGCUUCCUUUUUACUUAUACACUUCUUAUUGGCAUUUCAAGAACGUUUCAUCAGAUACUGUAAAUCAUGUAAUACAAGCACAAGGCCUGAGGUUGUUGUUACUCUCAGUAUUGCGUGAUUGCGUGUACAGUUGUAUGUAUAUAUACUGUUGUAUAGGUAGGUAAUACACAGGUACUCUGUGGUGGGAACUAAUUACAUUACCAUGAACCAACUGAAUAGUGCCCCUCAAUGAAUAAUCACCCCAGAUUACCACAAAACAAAACUGUCCACCCUUCACUGUGAGGUUCAGACAGUUCAGAAGCCGUGUGUGCUAAUUACGUUGAUAAUGGCAUAAUUUUUGCGUCCGUAUCGGAUGAAUCUGUAGCAAUCAUUAAGUGGUGUUUUUGUUUAAAAUGCAGUAGAAAUUAGUUGCCAUUGUUUCUAGGUUUUCAUGACACCCACACAAACACGAGUAUCAUUGUCAUAUUGUAUGGGUUUUACAGUAGCUGUAGAAUACUUGGUUCUGUUGUGUGUUUAGCAGCACCUGUCCUGUUAGUUUCCUUUAGACUGAUUGUAUUUAUGAGAGCCACAGUCAGCUGUCCACCAGCAUUGUGGCCACAGCAUGAUGACAGCAUGUUGCUGCGUCAUGCCUCCUACGUCACCUUCUUUGACCUUUGUUCAAGAUGGUACAGGAAUUAUUUUUCUACCAUAAAAUGCUAUAUUCUUUAAUAUAUCUGUCAUAUUUUUACAUAGAAAGCCAAUCUAUUUCUUGCAAUAUUAUCUGGUAUGUAUGUCGUGGAUACCCAAUGUUUGUUGUCUGUCAGUAAGUCUGAGUAUUUUUCAAAGGCAGGAGCUUGCAACAAUGUUUCAACCUAACUACACCAAGCUUGUUGGGCUCUUCUCUGUGUGGGGCAUCAUUUGAUGACUAUUGCUCAUAGGAUAUGAGACCAAGCUGGCAAGUUCACAAAACUAAGUUUACUUUUUCAGUCGCCUGGUCUGAUAUUUUUGAAACCCUUCAAAUGACUCCAUUUUAUAAGGUUGAGAAUACUGUCCAUACAUAGCCGCUGGCUUCAACUUUAACCCCUAAAGUAUGACUUAUUCUGAGUCAAAGGGGCUGGUAAGUGUGUCAGCCAACUAACCUAGGUGGUUUAUGAGUGAGUGAAUAUUCUGGGGUCAGCAGCAGUCGGGUGAAGGUCAGUUAUCAUACUACUGGUGUCAGGCAUUGCGAUCAGGCAUUUUGUUGUUUGCUACUGAUUAUUGUGUUGGUCAGUCCUUCACAGAUUGAGUUCUCCGGCAUUCUGUUGUGUUUGCUACUAUGAUUGUGUUGGUCAGUCCUUCACAGAUUGAGGUCUCUGGCAUACUGUUGUGUUUGCUACUAUCAUUGUGUUGGUCAGUCCUUCACAGAGGGGGUCUCCGGCAUUCUGGUGUGUUUGCUACUAUCAUUGUGUUGGUCAGUCCUUCACAGAGGGGGUCUCCGGCAUUCUGUUUUGUUUGCUACUAUCAUUGUGUUGGUCAGUCCUUCACAGAGGGGGUCUCCGGCACUCUAGUGUGUUUGCUACUAUCAUUGUGUUGGUCAGUCCUUCACAGAUCGAGGUCUCCGGCACUCUAGUGUGUUUGCUACUGUCAUUGUGUUGGUCAGUCCUUCACAGAUCGAGGUCUCCGGCACUCUAGUGUGUUUGCUACUAUCAUUGUGUUGGUCAGUCCUUCACAGAUCGAGGUCUCCGGCACUCUAGUGUGUUUGCUACUAUCAUUGUGUGGGUCUGCAUGUUGUUACUGUUGAGACAUUCAGUCAAGGGCAUGGUGCUGUUUGAUGUUGAGUUUUUGAGAGGUUGACCAGGAGUGUACACCAGUAGAAACUGGGAUGCUGCAUCAUCCUGGCUCAUUGAGGUCAAGCUCAGUACUGAUGAGAACUUGUGGCUUUGAUUACUUGCAAGAACAGCAUACUGACCCGUAGCUCACAAGAGGCUAGGGUUCUCACCGCUGCACUGAUCUGCAACCAUCUGAUCAUAAGUAACGUGUGUCCCCUAUGCAUUUAAGGUGUGUACAUGUUUUCACACAUCUACAUGAUUACAAUACACAGCCCUAUUGCAGACAUCUGGAUCAGGUCAAGGGAAUGUAAAUGUAAGACUUGGGCUGUUCCAAUUUUCCAAUUGCUCAAAUGAUCAUGAAUUGCAGGCGUUUGUAUGGAAUUUUAUUUGAGUUGGUAAUCACGUUGAUGAUAUUGUGUUAGUGUUGGACAUUGCUGUUCUAGUGUGUAGUUAUGACACCUUUUCAGUUUAUUUGUUAAACAACAGGAAUGAUGACCAGACUGUGAGGAGGAACGCCCAGUAGCUGGGUGGUGGAUGUGUUUGCUCACCGAGCAGCAAUGAAGGUUUGACUGUAAAGAUUGGCUCUAUGUUCCAGUAGGGCGGGUUCCAGAUGUUGAAAAAACAUAGGUAGGGAAUUAAGGAGGAUGUCUACUUGCAAUGUUAAGAACGUCAGUCAUUUACUCAUCUUGGAGUCUGGAAUUGGAAACAGGUGCUGGUUUCAGUAAAGUAACCCCUAAUCGUCUGUGUGAGUGAGUGAGCCGUCGUGAAGGUGCGUUGUGUACAUAGGGUUGUCUCUGCCUUCUGGUCAAGGUCAUCAUGCCCUGUAGAAUACAUCAUCAUUCAAUGUCUUAGUAGCUUUGAGUAAUGAUUGGCAGGAGGGUUUCUGCUCUCCUAACUGUUAGUGACACUCACUGUGGUGACUUCAGAAUACCAAGGUUACUGGAACCUACCCUUGUCCCUGCCCCCAUUCACUGAUACAAUAUAGAUUACUCCUGUAAUCCUCCCAGUCCACCAACCCCCUCCAUCUUACCCUCUCUUCACCUAAUCUCCUCUCCACCUAACCCCCCUCUGCCAACCCCCUCUUCACUUAACCUUUCUUAAUCUAAACUCCUCUCAACCUGACCCCUCUCCACCAACCCCCUCUUCACUUAACCUUUCUUAAUCUAAACUCCUCUCAACCUAACCCCUCUCCACCUGACCCCUCUCCACCUAACUCUCCAUUGCACUACUUCGCUAUCUCAGUUGAACACCAUCAUUUGUAAAUAGUGCUAUGAGGCCAGACACAUUUUUGUGUGUGCCAGUUUUCUUAAGAAAUGUUGUGUUUUGUUGUUGAAACGAGUAAACUGUAUAAACAUAGAUACACACCAGACCAUGAGGACAAAGCCAUGUAGUAGGACAGGGUAUCCGAUUUGUACAUUUCUAUUGAUAAGGAUGUAGUUACUAUUAACAUUGAUCACGCAUCUCAUUGGAAGCUAGCCCUGUUCAAGGUUCACACACAGUUGAGAAAACCCUUAAAUUCAGCAGCUGUCUUGAAAAUCCCAAACAUUCAACAGCUGUCUUGAAAAUCCCAAACAUUCAACAGCUGUCUUGAAAACCCCUUGAAUUAAUCAACAGCUGUCUUGAAAACCCCUUGAAAUCAACAGCUGUCUUGAAAACCCCUUAAAUUCAGCAGCUGUCUUGAAAACCCCUUGAAUUCAACAGCUGGCAUUAUAAGCGUAUAAAUUUCAACUUUUAGCUUUGAAAAUGAAAAAAUGGUUCUUGAAUUUGGCAGUCAUCUAUAGAUGUUCAGCAUUCUUCAACAUGGAACAUUCAGUAAACAAUUGGUGUUUUCCACAAUUUUACUCACUGAUUCUAUACACUGGUUGUUAUUUGCCCUGAUGGGUACAAUGUCAAGUCAUAUCAACACUUUGGUAGUUCCAAAAUGUAUAAGUAGUGUUAAAGUUGCAGCAUUGCUGGAGUCCUUCAAAAACACAAUUUUGCCUUGAAAAGUCCUUGAAUUCUUAGGCUGUAUGAUCUCUGCAAGAUAACCUUUGUUUUUGUAGUAACAUGACCUCUUUUAGAUAUUUAGAAAUAAUUGGUUUUCUGCCUCUUAAAAUGCAAACAUGCAUCCUGUUUUAAUGAACGUCAGUAUAAUAUAAUGUCAGAUAUUUUUAUAGUAUAAUUUCAGGUAACAAUAGUAAAGAAGUAAUGAAAUGGUUUUGAAAUAAUAAUCUGAAAGCCAGGGCAAACUGUAAUGAACUGUAAUGAACUAAAAAUAAAAUAUGCACACGAUGUGAGACGAAUAAUAAAGUUUGGAAACUUGAUUUGCAAUGCAAUGAUGCACAGUGACCUGUGUUACCACAAGAGAUUCCUAGGAACAUAGGAUGAGCUGACAUGAUACGUCCGAAACAAGACUUAACGAGAUUUACCUGAGACAUUGACCAAUGAUCUGAAAAACUACUUGUUCUGUGAUACUGUGAUGAACACUGGGCACUUGGUUCGCAAACACUCCAAACACUUUCAUGUGGAACUUCAGACACCGUAGCACAGGUCUGGUAGGAAAUUUGUGGGUAAACUUGCAUCCGAUGUCAUCUUAUGUUUAGUCCACACUUCUGUAGGCUACAACUUACACAUACUCAAAUCCAUGCUUGUUUAGGCUACAGCGACUACAUACUCGAGUCCAUGCUUGUUUAGGCUACAACUUCCACAUACCCAAAUCCAUGCCGGUUUAGGCUACAGCUACCACGGAAUCAAAUCCAUGCUGGUUAAGGCUGCAGCUACAACAUACUCGAGUCCAUGCUUCUGUAGGCUACAGCUACCACGGAAUCAAAUCCAUGCUGGUUUAGGCUACAGCUACCACGGAAUCAAAUCCAUGCUGGUUGAGGCUACAGUGACUACAUACUCUAGUCCAUGCUUGUUUAGGCUACAGCUACCACGGAAUCAAAUCCAUGCAUGUUUAGGCUACAGUUUCCACAGACUCCAAUCCAUGCAUGUUUAGGCUACAGUUUCCACAGACUCCAAUCCAUGCUUCUGUAGCUACAGCUACUACUAACCUGAGUUCCACCUGAGACUGGUAAGUGACAUAUUCUGUACAGUGCUGUAUUUGCGGGUUUGCUCACUAGAUUUGAAGCAGAGGCUUGCCUGCUGUAGGCAACUCUGGGUGACAUUGUUUAUGGCCUUGCCAUUUUCUGCAAUGUUACAGACCUUCUGGGCACUCAAUUGUAUAUUUGUCUCCAAGCUGUGUAUCCUGCUUGUGUUAUAAUUUAUUAAAAAACAACUUGUUUGUAUAUUGAGGUAGACUGUGAGGGAAAAUUGUUGAGAAAGAAGACAGAAAGCAGGUACAAAAAUGCCACUAUCCAUAUAGUCAUGGUUUCGGAUUUCUUUCAAAGAGGAUGAGGUGUGCACAAACAUUGUUUUUUGUGGUUGACAAUUGUGUGAAAACGGUUAAAAAAGUUCCUUGACACAAAAGACAAUGUAUGUGGGCUUCUCACUCUGCCGUUGUCAAUAAGUGAAUUGCUAGCUGGGUUGUGUACCUGUAUAGUUAUGUAUAUACAUACUGUUGCUUUCUAAAGUGUAUGACUUAAGAGAAUCUGAUCAAAGUGGACUUUAAAUUUUUCAUUUGUAAACCUGUGCAUUUAUGUUUGUCAUGUUAAUCUCCAUGUUAGAUUGGUUGCUGCGUUGCAGCUGACCGUGUUGAAUAAGCUGCUGACUGAGGGUACCAGUCUGCAGUACUUGUACAACAUCUUUCGUAAAUCGUCCAUAGCUCAAAUAAAAUUGGAGCUCAACUCAAGCAGUUGAAUUGUAUGCAACGUGGGGAUAAAAGAUGUCAUCUUUGUUUUACAAUGAAUGAAACGUUUCACUGUUUAGUUUAUUUGCACCUCGUCCACAUGAAUUUGCACACUCUGGUGCAGUGAUGACUAAGCGUUACACCACUGCCACAGGCUAAUUUACAAAUCAUGAGACUGGACACUUUUCUUGGUUGUAAACAAACUUGUCUAUUCUGAAAUCAGAACAGACUGGCCAAAUGCAAGCAUUUUGGUGCACUUAAAUUGUUUUGCAUAAUUAUAUGGAUAUGCUACCACAACUUCAACAGUGAGAUGCAUGACAAUAUAUCUUUAUACAUCAAAGUGACCCUAUUUCUAGCUCUCUGAAGGGCUUCGACGACAGUACGUGGAGCCAUACAAGCAAUAUAAACAAAGGAUAAAUAUAAAAGUGGAAUUUUCUUUUCACGUUUAAGGAUAUUUGCUCAAUGAAAAUGGCAAAUGGCAUGUUUAUCUAUUUGUGUAGACUUCUCAAAAAUGAAACACAUGAAAAACAUGUAAUAUCUUGAAUGCACUGUGUAAAAUGUAAUGAAUCGUCUCAUGACACUGGCCUGUGGCAGAGGUAAAAGGAACUAUGGGUAGGAGAGUGAUGAAUCUGUAGGUCGUGUUAGUCUGUGACCAUGGUUACUGAGGGUCAGAUGUUCUGCUCCUCUGUUAACUCUGACAUUAAGAAUACAGAAAGGAAUCCACAGGUUCCAACAAGCAUGAGAUGGAACAAUACAGAAGUAUGUCACCCCUGACCACUCAGUUUCUUCUUUUACAGAUGAGGCCAUUCUGAUCGUUUCAUGAGUUAGAAUGAAGAAACUUCUAAUUUUUACCUGGAAGUACAUGCAUACAUAUUUCAACAUCAGACUUGUUGGUUUGGAAAUUCAUUCAGACCUCUCCACUUAGAAAAACAACAACUUGUACCCGUACAAUCUGCAAGAAUUGAAUAAAGGAAAUAUCCUGAAUUGUUUAAUUCCACUGGUAAACCAAUUUAUGGAAAAAUAGUUUUGACAUGCCUUGGCAUUUUGGCCAAAAACAUCUUUACAAGAAGAAAGAGAGCUGGUCAGUCAUCAAAAAUGUUUAAUGUGUAUUCAUGUGAAUCCCAUGUAUCGUCCCCUCUGUCAUGUCUCCUGUGUGUGCACCAUCAACUCCACUGCACCACUGUUAUACAGCUGAUGUCAUCAUUAUGCAUGUUGUGUUGCCUCCACCAAAAUAACUGUUGUAAAAACAAAAAUAUUUUUUGGAAUCUUUUUCUUUUUUUUAACCAAGUCUUUUAUGAUAGCUUGAAAGGCUAAAAACUUUUCACACCAGUUUGGAUAUUAUGCUCAAUCACACACCAAUAUUGGUGCCCAGAUUGUGAUAUGGGACUUUUCUAUACUUGUAACAACAUUCACUGAAAAGACAAGAAGGUAGGUAGCAAUGUAUAUCCUGUGUGGAGCUUCAUCUGUACAUAUGCCCACCUGUCUGCUCAACAUACCUGUUCAACAUACCUGUCCCAUGUGUAGGUAAACCUGGAUACCCAUAAUAAACAUGUUCAGUUUGUUGAUA